AUGGCGCAGGAGGGUGUCGGUUAUGUUAACCCCAAUUCUUCAGGUCCUCAGGGGGGGUCCAGACUAAGGAGAAUAGGAAAAUCGAUUUGUAACACCGAGAAGGGCGAAUUUUUAGGCAGAACCUGUUCUAGUUGGGUCAAAAUUGGGAUUUUCUACACCGUCUUCUACGCUUGCUUAGCAGGGUUUUUUGCUUUAAUGUUAAUUGGCUUCUUUGCUACAUUAGAUGAGAGAGCUCCCACUCAACAAAGAAUGUACAGCUUAAUAAAAGGAAAUCCAGGGAUGGGAUUUAGGCCAAUGCCUAAUGUUGAAAGUACACUGAUCAAGUUUUCUAAAGAAGACAAUAAUACCUAUCAGCCCUACAUUAAUAACUUGAAUAACUUCUUGAAAGUAUAUAAGGCCCAGAAUUUUUCGUUAGAAGAUUGUCCGAAAGAUUUCCAAAAAGAUUUGACAAUCUGUCAGGUGAACAUGUCUAUGUUCGGCCCCUGCACUGAAGAUAACAACUAUGGCUACGAUGAAGGACUACCUUGCGUACUUCUAAAGAUUAAUCGGGUUUAUGAUUGGCUUCCCAAGCCAUUUUCAGCUAAUGAAACAGGCUUGACUGGUGAUGAAAAGAACAGGUUUGAACAAUUUAUCAGUCCCAUAAGAAAGAACAUACCGUUAUCUUCAAAUCACAUUACUGUUUCAUGCGAGGGAGAGAAUGAGGCAGAUGAAGACAACAUAAUCAAUGUUGAAUUCUACCCGCCAUCUGGCUUUCCCUACAGAUUCUACCCCUACAUGAAUCAACCUGGCUACCUCUCCCCAAUCGUCUUUGCUCGAUUCAAUGUAACGCAGGGCGCUCUUGUCCAGGUUUGGUGCAAACUAUGGGCAAAAAAUAUCAAACAUCACAAGAACGAUAAGGCAGGCAGCACUCACUUUGAACUGUUUGUUGAUAAAUAG